CUAAGAGUUAAAAAUCAACCAAAACUCUCCGUGUGGGUGAACGUUAACAGUUCUUUUCUUCCGAUCACCAUCCAAGGUAAAGCAGAACACCCUUCCCCCCUGGACUCAUUUUAAGCUCAGAAACAAACGAAGCUUUGAAGCAUCUUUGAAGCAUCUGAUCAAUCAACAAAGUGACAUUAUCAUCUCGUACAACUUACUAGUAUCAUGCUCUUCACUGCGUCAUUCAAGGAUAUGUAAUCAAGCUUCAAUCUUCGCAGAUAACCAGCGGGCGUCUGCCCUCUAUCCUGCUAUUUGCUAAUGCCAAGAGACAAAAAUAAAUCCAAGAGUAAGAAAUUCAGAGCUUCUUCAGAUAGUGAUCUAAUCAGUCAAACUGAGAGUGAACAUUCUAAUGUUAGUGAGCCCUCUAGCCCCAAGAAAAAACACAGGAAGGGCGCUGCUAAACAGGCUGCCAGCGCUUCUGACGUCACCCAGGGUCUCUUCCCUCCCCAGCCCAUCCAUACCGGUCACAUCAGCGCCACCAAUCCCUUCGACGACAACCCUAAUUCUGACCCGCGCAGAAACCACGCGGGAUUCAUGGCGCGCCGCAUGAACCCCCGCAGUGUGAACGCGGCACAGUUCCCUGGAAUGAUGAAUAGUAACUUCCAGCGGGGGAUGCCACCGGGGAACUACCACGGGGGUCCUGGGCCAGGGGGUCCUGGGCCAGGACCCCCAAACGGUCCCCCCCAUGGCCCCCCUCACGGCCCCCCUCAUGGCCCCCCCCAUCACGGCCCCCCUCCUCAUCCCAUGUUCAAUAUGAAUAACCCCCACGGGCCACCCCUUGUUCUGUGCGGUCUUUGUCGCCAGGAAGUCCACGAUACUGAAGAUGCUAUUCAAUGUGAAAGUGGUUGCAAUAUGUGGUUUCAUCGACUAUGUACUGGUUUAACCGAAGCUGCAUAUUCCUUACUCACCACAGAGUAUCUCGCUGAGUGGGCAUGUGAUCGUUGUAUUAAGGAGAAGAAGAUUCCUUUGGUCAGAGUUAAACCACAACCGGUUAUGUUAUCUGGACAACAUAACUAAAGUAUGGGACCGCUAAACUCCUGUUAAUGAUUUAAGUUAAACCACAACCGGUUAUGUUAUCUGGUCAACAUAACUAAAGUAUCUGACCGUUAAACUCCUCAUUAUGGAUUGACUUAAACCCACAACCGGUUAUGUUAUCUGGUCAACAUAACUAAAGUAUGGGACCGCUAAACUCCUGUUAAUGAUUUAAGUUAAACCACAACCGGUUAUGUUAUCUGGUCAACAUAACUAAAGUAUCUGACCGUUAAACUCCUCAUUAUGGAUUGACUUAAACCCACAGCCGGUUAUGUUAUCUGGUCAACAUAACUAAAGUAUGGGACCGUUAAACUCCUCAUUAUGGUUAGAGUAAAACCACAACCAGUCAUGUUAUCUGGUCAACAGUGACAAUAACUAAGUAAGGAACCGUUAAACUCCUCAUUAUGGUUAGAGUUAAACCACUACCAGUUAUGUUAUCUGGUAUGGUCAACAGUGACAAUAAUUCAUUAUAUAAAUACGUUAGACUGUUAAAAUCCUCCAUUAUGGUUAGAGUCAAACCACAACCAGUAAUGCUACAUGUAUCUGGUCAACAUAAGUAAAAGAAACAUUUAAAAUCUUCAUGACUGUUAGUUAAACUACAACCAGUUAUGUUUGUUUUCUGGUCAACAGUGACAAUUAUCAAUUCUGGUUUACUACACAUAAUUCUGGUCCAGUAGAUAAUUGUUAGCUACCUAAAAGCUUUGUGGUCUUGUGUGUUACUCAAAAAGAUUUGAACCAUUGAGUUUAUAUCAAAAAGGGUUCUCUUGAGAACCUUUUUUAGAUAGUGGUUCCCACAGAACCGAUGAGUCUUCUUGUUGUCAGCGGAACUGGUUUUGAGAACUGUUUUUAGAUAACGGUUCCUACAGAAUCCUAUUGGUAUUAAUGUCAUCAGAACUGGUUUUGAGAACUGUUUUCAGAUAACGGUUCCUACAGACUCCUACUGGUAUUGAUGUCAUAAGAUCUGGUUUUGAGAACUGUUUUCAGAUAACGGUUCCUACAGAAUCCUAUUGGUAUUGUUGUCAUAGGAACCGUGUUUGAGAAUCGUUUUCAGAUAAUGGUUCAGAAUUUGUAGAGUCAGAAAGGGUUCUUACAAAUAAUUCUAGAAUGUGAAAUCUCAUCAAUCACUGUCCAUUUGUGGUUAAUACUUGCAGUUGUUCAGAGGAGUUAUUAAGUUGUAGAAAAUAGAAUUGUCUUUCAUGGUAGUCUGGUUUUUUUUGCUGCUUCUUCCAAGGUUGUAUCGUAAACUUGGGUGUGAUCCCUGGCUACCAUGACAGUUGUACCCCAAAACAAAGAUACUAACAAAAUAGGGAGACUACCAACAUAUGGCUAGAUACAUGUAGCUCAGUUGGUAGAGCGCCAGUACAAUAAUCCGG